CUCUUCUGUCCCGGGCUGUGAGUGCAGUGUGAGACACCCAGUGUUGCUCAAGUUAUUCAGUGACUCUCCAGGGCUUUUUUUCUCCUGGUGACCUUUGAAAACAUCUUAUUUCCUUAACAUUUCAAGAAAUCUUAUUUCUCAAGCAAAACAACAGCCGCCUGCUGAAGCUCGCAAGAGGUAGAUUAUUGCUGAAGACACUUCCGAGGAGGCUCACCCAUAACUUGAGAAAUGGUGAACGAAUACAAGAAAAUUGUUCUCCUGAAAGGACUAGAGGUCAUCAGUGAUUAUCACUUUARCAUGGUUAAGUCCUUACUGGCCAAAGAAUUAAAACUGACUAGGAAAAUGCAAGAUGAGUACAACAGAAUUAAGAUUGCUGACUUGUUGGAAGACAAGUUUCAAAAUGAUGCUGGGCUGAACAAGCUGAUAUCAGUGCUCAAAGACAUACCGAUGCUUGAAGAACUUGCCGGAGAACUCAAAAAAGAGAAGAUGAAAGUAAAACCAAAAACCCCAGUGAAAAAGAAGCAAGAGGUAGAUCCUGUCGCAUGUACAUCRAUCACCAGCGACACAAUGAAGAGUCCUGAAUCUCAGAAAAGAAAAAAAGAAAGCUUAGAAAAGACUGAAACCAAAAAGAAUAAGAUUUCUGGAAGCAAAACAAUUAAGAAGCCUGAGGAUCAGACUCAUCCUUCCUGUUCURCACUAGGCAGCGUGACCGCAAGCAUGGACCAUUUUCUACCUGCCCAGRUGCCAGCAUCAACUCCAUUCAGAGCUCCCCCAACAGAGCAUCAGAAAAAGGCCCAAUGUCAUUUGGCUUCCAGAAGAAGUGUCCUCCACAAAGGCCCAAUGAUCGUGAUGGUGCUGAAAGCCACAGACCCAUUUGAAUACGAGUCUGCYGAAGAGGGGACAAGUUCCAUGUUCCACGCCACCGUGGCUACUGAGAAUCAGUUUUUCCAAGUGAAGGUUUUCAACACCAACCUGAAAGAGAAAUUUACAAAAAAUAAGGUCAUUACUAUCUCUAAUUACCUUGAGUGCAAAGGAAUCCUGGAGGUAAAUGCCGUAUCGGUUGUGUCUGAAGCUGGUCUUGACCAAAAGAUCGAGGUCCCCAACAGUGUUAUCAAGAGAGCAAAUGARACUCCCAAGAUCGAUCAUCUUCAUAAACAAGCACCAGGAACAUUAGUGUAUGGGUUGUUUAUGCUACAUACGAAAAAAGUGAACAAGAAGAACACAAUCUAUGAAAUACAAGAUAAUACAGGAAAGAUAGACGUGAUGGGGAGUGGGAAAUGGCACAAUAUCCAGUGUGAUGAAGGGAAUAAACUUCGACUCUUCUGCYUUCAACUGAGAACAAUCAACAAGAAGCUGACACUGGUGUGUGGAGACCACAGUUUCAUUAAGGUCAUCAAGAGCGCAAAGAACAAGAAGAGAGAAAGCAAUGCUAAUUUAAGCCUGGAACUUGAAGUACAGAACUUCCCUAUAAAUCAAUUCAGUGUCUUCAACAGUGAUACGAUUAAAGUUGAGAGUUUCAUGUUUAAAAGGAAAUCCAAAGUGGGAAGAAAAUCCACAGGGGAAAAAAAAUCUACAGGGAAAAAAGUGGAGCAGGAUGAAUCUCCUACUGCCCAGUCCAGGUCCACAACAAAUACAGAUUCGGAACCAGARUCAGAGGAGGAGAUACCUUCGUCGAAGCACCAAAAAGGAAAACCUACCUCUGUCAAGAAAAAAGAAAGACUAAAAGUCUCUCAAGAAAACAAAAUGAAAAAAUCUGAAAACCCUGAGAGAACACAGCUUCCCCCAGAACAGGGUCGAUUUAUGGAACCUUCAGCCACCAACGAAGAACAAACUGCGGUCUGUCCCCAGACUCCUCAGGGGCCUCCACCAGAACCAUCCAAUAGUCCUCCAAUCAAGCGACCCAAGAUCAAGAAGUCUGUACCGUUGGUGAAUAAGCAAGGAACAAUUUCUUCAAGUUUUCAGGAGGGGCAGAAAAAUGUGAGGGAAGAUUGCACUUAUUAUGAAAUACAAGAUGAUACAGGGAAGAUGGAAGUGGUGGUGUAUGGACGACUGACCUAUAUCAACUGUGAAGAAGGAGAUAAACUUAAUCUCUUCUGUUUUGAACUGACCUUGAAUGCAGAUAAGUGGCAGCUGAGAUCUGUAUUCCACAGUUACAUCAAGGUAAUCAAGGGCAACAAAUCCAAGACAUGUCUACUCAAUCGUGAUUCAAAUAUGGACACUUCACAAGAAUCCUCCUAAAAGCCAGGAUACCAUUGGUAACAGUGCUCAUGGAGAUGAGAUUAAAGUACAGAAAAAAAUAUAUGUAUAUAUAUUUAAAAUAUAUUACAAACAAAAACCAGCUUUAGUCUGUGGCUGUCAC